AGUGAUUGUGUGAGAUGUUUCCUUUGUGGAAAAGGGGUAAGGAAUUGGAAGUACAAUGAUGAUCCUUGGACCGAGCAUGCCAGAUGGUCGAUAGCAUGUUCUUACGUGAUAGAAUGUAUGGGUGAAGACUUCGUACGACGUAUCCAAAGGAUGGUGGAACAAGAAGAAAUGGAAAUGUUACCACGCCCUCUUCCGACCAUGUUUCUUGACGAAACAAUCGGCAAGUGGUUUCUAAAAAGAAGAUUUUAAAGAUUGUCUUCCGUUGCAAUGGUAACCAGAGUUCUGUUUGGAAUAAAAUUCUUUGAACAACUUAGAAAGGUAGUACACCAUUCAAGGAACAUCCAGGCAAAGUUUUACUUACUUCCGCCAAACGGUUUUUGGGAAGAUGCCGUUCCAAGUAAAGUGCGGAAGGACGGUGAGUGAGACCAAUAGCCCACCUCGGACUAUUGAGAGCUUAGGUGAUCCGAAAAUAUAACGAGGACUUGUGCUACUAACUUAGGGAGUCUAUCCAGGUGCAAGCUACUGCCUGGGUACCACCUGUUGUCAUCCGCUGCCUUAUACUCAGUUACAUCAAGAAGGGAAUACUGUAUAAAAUACAGCAAAGACUUCUAGCUAUAGGGGGUACCCUUAAAUGUAAGCUUUGGUCAAAGUAAAUAAUAGGUAAGACAUCUUAUUUCCUUAGGUGACGUUCAUCUUUUUGUAGAUCUAAGUUCUAUGAUCAGAUUUGUUUAAUCUAUUUGGGAAUUUAGAAAGUCUUUCCAAAAAAUGUACUUCUGGAAUUAAAAAAAAGAAAAUAUUCAACUCUUUGAUGAGUACCUUAAUUGUCAGGUUUAAUGUGUCAUUUAAAUAACAGUCCUUUAAAUAACUCGUUUGAUAUAGAAUGCUAGCUGUAGACAAGAGACUGUACUUCCGGACGACAUGACAGCAGAUCUACAAAGUUUUGCUGCCCAGUGCCUUUUGCAGCAAGGAUAUAGCGAAGAUUGUGUGAGGUGCGCAAUCGGACAAUACAGAUCAAACUUUGGUGUAGGACAAGAAAUGGCAAUGUCUGACCUUAUGGAAUUCAUUCACAACACUGAGCCGAACCUAGUCGACCAAAAUUAUCCCAUUAGCCUGCCAGCUUUCACGGUAUACAGUCAUAACUUUGACGGAGGGUCAAUUCAAAGCCUGCGAAACGAGGUAUACCAACUUCGAGAAGAGAACACAGAAUUGAGAAACCGACUGAUCUGCAAAGUUUGCUUAGAGAAUGAUGCAUGCGUCUUAUUUCAGCCUUGUGGACAUAUGGCAGUUUGCGUCGAAUGUGCUGGUCGUAUUGACACAUGUGCCAUUUGUCGAGCGGUUAUAGAGGAGAAAAUUAGAGCAUAUCCAAGCUGAACACAAGACAAAUUGGAUGCCAUUUCUUUGUACAUAUUUACAAAUAAAAAAAAACAUUAAAGAAAU